AUGGCCUCGCAGGACGUGUCAAUGGACUCGCCGCCACCCGCGCCCCCCGCCAAGGACGGCAGCGAGGAGCCCAUGUACGGCGGCUACUCGCGCUUCGAGAUUGAGCUUGAGUUCGUCCAGUCGCUCGCCAACCCCUUCUACCUCAACCACCUCGCGUCGCAGAAGCUCCUCUCGCAGCCCGCCUUCGUCGCCUACCUCGCCUACCUGCGGUACUGGUCCCGGCCGCCGUACCUCCAGUACCUGACGCACCCAGGCCCGACCUUGCGCCACCUCGAGCUCCUGCAGCAGGAGCGCUUCCGCCAGGACAUCAUGAGCCCGGACCUGGUGGCCCGGCUGGUCGACGAGGAGAUGCGCGCGUCGGUGCAGUGGCACCGCGAGGCGUGA